AUGUCCACAACAACAAUCAAAUCUAACAUGCAUUUAAAACAACAAACUGCCGUUUCUCACAUUCGUCAACUAACCUAUGACGACGUUGCCAAAGCUGCAAUCACUUUGCUAGAUGCAUUCAAAGAGGAUCCGUUAUCGAAAUACUUGGUUAGUCAUGUAAACGACACUACAAGACGCACGCAAUGUGAAUUGGCCCUAUACGAAGCGUAUUUACGACAACACAUGACCAAAGGACUAGUGUUUGGCCAAGGCGAAACGAAGCUGCUGUUCGAAACUGUCAGUAUUUGGGCCACUCCAACUAGUUGUGAACAGGGAUUGGACUCAUUUAGUCAUUUAAUGGAGUCGGGGUACGAUAAAGUGUGGGAUGUAUUCGGUAUUGAAGGAAGAGAUAAAGUAUUUCAGGGUUUGUUGCCACUUUUGCAUGAUAGCUUUGAUAGGAUUAUGACGCAUGAUCGAAGCUUUAGAGGCAAGGAUGUGUAUACAUUGGUUUAUGUGGGCUCAACUGCUGCUGCUCGUGGUAAAGGAAAUUUGCGCAAAUUGUUUGAGUUUAUGUUUGACAACUACAUUGAUUGUGGUGCAGGUACAUUAACUUAUUUGGAAAGUUCAUCCCCUUCCAACAUUCCCAUCUAUGAGCGAUUUGAUUUCCACGUGGUGGAGAAAAUUGUAUUGGGUGAGGAGACUGGUGUUGAGGGGAAAAACUGCGCUGUGAUGCAUGUAAUGGUCAGAGGCAUCAGAGGCGAUGACUGGACAAAGGAAAGUUGUAGGCUAUAA